AUGCUUCGUCUGCUGUCGCUUAGAAACGCGUGCUGCAGAACAGGAACAGCACAUUCAUCGCUCACAAGUAGGCAAUCUUCAAGCUCAGCCCGCAACAUGAGCAACUUGCUCAAGCGUCGAGUAAAGCUGGCCUUGAUCCAGUUAGCCAGUGGCCCCGAUAAGACUCAAAACCUUCAGAAUGCCUGGGACAAAGCCGUGCAAGCUGCCAAGAAAGGUGCAAACAUCAUAGUUCUGCCGGAAUGCUUCAAUAGCCCCUAUGGCUGUGAUUUCUUCCCUAAAUAUGCAGAGAGCCUUCCUCCUCUCCCUUCAGACCAAGAAGAUUCAAGUCCGAGCUGGCGUGAAUUAAGCGCGCUUGCGCAAAUUACUUGCUGUUACAUAGUCGCCGGAUCAAUCCCUGAACUUGAAGUGUCCACGCAAAAAUACUACAACACUAGCAUGAUUAUAUCCCCAUCCGGUCAACUUCUGGCGACUCAUCGCAAAGUGCAUCUCUUUGAUAUAGAUAUUCCCGGCCAGAUAACUUUUGAAGAAUCCAAUGUCCUUAGUCCCGGAAACCAAAUUACCAUUGUGGACCUCCCGGAAUACGGAAAAAUAGCCGUCGCCAUCUGCUAUGAUAUCCGCUUUCCCGAACUAGCCAUGAUAGCGGCUCGGAAGGGUGCUUUUUGCCUGAUUUACCCCGGUGCUUUCAAUACUACCACCGGACCACUACACUGGAAGCUGCUUGGGCAAGCCCGAGCUAUGGAUAACCAAUGCUUUGUUGCUCUCUGUAGUCCAGCCAGGGCUUUGGAGGGCUACCCAGCCUAUGGGCAUAGCUUAGUAGUCGACCCCAUGGCUCAAGUGAUUGUUGAAGCUGGCGAAGGAGAAGAGAUAAUUUAUGCCGUGCUUGAUGGAAAACAAAUUGACGAGGCUCGAAAUAAUAUCCCCCUCAAUAAACAGAGGAGAUUUGAUGUUUACCCGGACGUCAGUCUCGGCCUGAUACAGGGAAACUGA